UGGGGUCACCCCAGCUCGCAGAUGUCCUUAAGGAAAACCCUAAUCCAGUGUCUGCAUGUUAAACGAUCACCCUCCAGCGCACCAUUUACGGUACAGCCCCCAACCGAACGCAUCACACAUCACAUUCAGACAGGCUGGGUGCCAUAUAGUCACUCAUUCAUUCACCUGCCAUCGCGUGGGCGCUUGCUGUGUGUCUGGAGCCGGUGCUCUGGGGGAGCCUCCGAUGCUCCUCUGGGUCCUGUCUUCCUCUCUCCACUCCUGCCCCUAGGAAAACGCAGGAGGCUGGCGCGGACAGAGGCAGACGCCAUGGGAGACCCACACGGUCAAGAUGCCGGCGGUCGCGGUGCUGGCGGCCGCCGCCGCCGCCUGGUGCCUCCUCCAAGUCGAGAGCCGGCACCUGGACGCGCUGGCCCGCGGCGCGGGCCCCAACCACGGCCAUUUCCUGGACAACGACCAGUGGCUGAGCACCGUGUCCCAGUACGACCGGGACAAGUAUUGGAACCGCUUCCGAGACGAUGAUUAUUUCAGAAACUGGAAUCCCAACAAGCCCUUUGACCAAGCCCUGGACCCGUCCAAGGACCCCUGCCUGAAGGUGAAGUGCAGUCCCCACAAAGUGUGUGUCACUCAGGACUACCAGACCGCCCUGUGUGUCAGCCGCAAGCACCUGCUCCCCAGGCAAAAGAAGGGGAGCGUGGCCCACAAGCACUGGGCCGGACCUGCGAAUCUGGUCAAGUGCAAGCCCUGUCCCGUGGCGCAGUCGGUCAUGGUCUGUGGCUCUGAUGGCCACUCCUACACAUCCAAGUGCAAGUUGGAGUUCCAUGCUUGUUCUACCGGCAAAAGCCUCACCGCCCUCUGUGAUGGCCCCUGUCCGUGUCUCCCGGAGCCUGAGCCGCCCAAGCACAAGGCAGAGAAGAAUGCCUGCACAGACAAGGAGUUGAGGAACCUCGCCUCCCGCCUCAAAGACUGGUUUGGAGCUCUUCACGAGGACGCGAACAGGGUCAUCAAGCCCACCAGCUCUGACACAGCCCAAGGCAGGUUCGACACCAGCAUCCUGCCCAUCUGCAAGGACUCCUUGGGCUGGAUGUUCAACAAACUGGACAUGAACUACGACCUCCUGCUGGACCACUCCGAGAUCAAUGCCAUCUACCUGGACAAGUACGAGCCCUGUAUCAAGCCUCUCUUCAACUCUUGUGAUUCCUUCAAGGAUGGCAAGCUCUCCAACAACGAGUGGUGCUACUGCUUCCAGAAGCCUGGAGGUCUCCCUUGCCAGAAUGAGAUGAACAGAAUUCAGAAGCUGAGCAAGGGGAAAAGCCUGUUGGGGGCAUUCAUUCCUCGGUGUAAUGAGGAAGGCUACUACAAGGCCACGCAGUGCCACGGCAGCACCGGCCAGUGUUGGUGUGUGGACAAGUAUGGCAAUGAGCUGGCUGGCUCCAGGAAGCAGGGCGCUGUGAGCUGUGAAGAGGAGCAGGAGACCUCGGGGGAUUUUGGCAGCGGCGGCUCCGUGGUCCUGCUGGACGACCUGGAGGACGAACGGGAGCUGGGGCCCCAGGACACAGAGGGGAAGCUGAGGGUGCACAGCCGGGCCGUGGCUGAGGACGACGAGGACGAGGACGACGACAAAGAGGACGAGAUCGGGUCCCUGUGGUAGGGCUCGCAGGGAGGGGACAUGGGGUCAGCACACAAUUACAAGUCACUUCCUAUUCCUGCGUCUCUCUCUAAAGACUCCAAGGCACCAAGGCCUCUUCUCUGUCGCUCUCUGUGCCUGGCCUGAGGUUUGCAAGUCAACCACUCGCUCCCAGAGCACUCUGAUUGCGCAUGCGGUUGUGGGGGAGAAAGGGUGCUGUGGUCGUUUUGUUCCUGAACAGGGGAUGGCCUCCUUUCUUCCCGUGAGACUUUGCACCAAGCAUGUGAUUUGUGUGGGAUUCUGACAGUGCAGGGAGCUCCCGCCCUAUUCAACGCCCAAGACCCUUGUGGAUCACCCACGCCGGUGGUAAUGACAGCAUGGUUCCCAGCCUUACUGUGUCGGAGUGCUUUGUGUGUGUCCUGUAGCUGUCGUGGAAAACACACCACACUGUCCCUACCCCCACCGCCCUGGGUGUUGACUAUUGCACAUUCGUUUUUCACAUCACUAGAUCUGGCUUCCUACAAACUACAGCCUUAAUUCCGUCAAGAGUCCCCUUGGGAAAUCAUUUUCUUGAGUAAAAACUGGUCUCCGGGUGUUCCUCACUGCACAUGCAGAAAAUGAAGCAUGUACCCAACAUGCUGUGUGCCCUGUACACACGCUCAGAAGGCGUGUGGGGUUAUCUGUGAACACCUCAUUUGAAAAACAAUUAAAAAUUGUCAGCUUCUCUAGACCUGGAACACAGUUUCUGGAAUAAGAAGUUUGCAUCAAAGCCUUUUUUUUUGCACUCACAGCUGGCACUUGUCGCCUGCAGGCUGGGGAGGUUGCUUUGCUUUGCAUCAGCCGAGUUCCUGGAAGCCUCUUUGAUUUGGAUAAGCCUGCGUCUGCGUGCAUGGCGUUGUGCGCACAAGCCGUGCGACUCCCACUUGGGCGGCUUCACAAGCCACCUCUUUCAUUUCAGCUCAAAGCCCCCUCGGGCUGCAGCAGUCCUGUCUGCCACAGGUUCCUGCCUUCCCCUACCUACUCAAGGGCUUUGCCUAAGGUAUGCACACAUCCCCUGCUCUCCGAGAGAACAGUGCCAUGCUGUUCUUAGCGAAGCAGGAUUCUGAAGGUGUUGCCCUCUUUGUAGCCACCAAUCACACGAGGCUACAAUGCUGUUCAGACACCCUGGCUGCGCAUCAAGACCUAGAAAUGCCUUCCUCAAAGCACAUGGACGCUAGGGUUCUCCGAGCUGGUUCUGGCCCACUUCCCACAAGGGUCAAGAUCCUAAGGAAGGAAGCCCUUCACCCUUGGGUUUCUUUCGCGUAAAGUCAUUAUUGAAGUGUAGUUUCAAGUCAGUACAGCUACCGUCUUUGCAGUCUUUAGGAUCCCUCUCCCUCAAGCUGGCCCCAAGACUCCUUCCUGCCCCACUUGGUUUCCCACCAACCCCCAAUGCCCACUCGACUAGCCUCGCCAAGCCCUCUCGCCUUCCCCAGGAGCUUCAUCCAGUCUAUAAGACAAUGACAUAAACUCAGGCAAAAAAAAUUAUAUAUAUUCAGCCAAACUAUGAUUCCAGUGGCAGCUGGCUUACUGACUACCGUAAGCUGACCAGUUGUACGUGCCAGUCCUUGCAUUGGCUGGACCAAGUGGCAUUACCCCUGGAGUUGGUCUUGGAUGGGAAAUAAACAUAUGUGAUGCAGCUAACCCCUCUGGCCUGGUGGAUGUGAGUACAGCCAAGAUCUUGAAGUUCUUUUCAUACUUUCCCCAAGGGUAGACCACAAGCAAGCUCUGUACUGGGGUCUCAACUCCAUCUCUGUUUCAAUUCCUUUUCUCCCUUGAACAAAAUUCUGAGAUCAUAAAAGUAGGAAACAGGUGCUUAAUUACAGCUAAAUUGCAAUCGAGUCUAUAAAAACAAAAAACCCAAGGCAUAUGAAGAAAUUUCAGUUUAGAUCAUCAGAGAAAACCAUUGUUACUAUCUCCUCUGAGCUCAGACAAAUCCAGCAGAACAAGUUAAAACCAACCAAUCCAUUUUCCUUAGAGAAACUUCUAGGAAUGGAGUGAACUGCUGAUUUUAAUUUGCCUAAUUAUCUUGUGACAAGUGUCAAAUUAAGAUGACACUCAGAGAUCCUUAACAUUAACCUAAUGAUGGAGAAGAGUGCUCAACGGGCAGUUUCCACUGAGGUAAUGAGAUGCCAUUUUCAGAGAUAUUCCAAGAUUUUAUUUUGAUUCAUUAAAAUAUUGAAUUAAAAGCCCUCCUCAGACUAGAACCCAACAUCAAUGGAACAACAGUCUCACUUUGGCUUGACAGCAUUAGGUUAGGUAAAGAUCCUGAUUCAGUACUUUAAUUCCACAGAAUGCAGUUUCCAUUUAUCUCUAGAGGUAGAAUGUUUAUUGUCCUUUUCUGGGGAGGGGCUCUUUAGUUUUAGUGACUGACUACAUAUACAAUAUUGAUUUUUUAAAAAUAAUAUUGUGAUAAUUGAUUCCCUCGUAUGAGACAGUUACUGAGUUGAAACAGAACUUAGUUUUGGGAACUCCUUAGUGACUAGUCUUACUCUACAAAUGGCUCGUUUAUUUAGUAAUAUUUCCUUGGCAUCCAAUUUAAAUCUCAGAAAUUUCCACCACAGUUUGUUGUCUGACAUGUUCAUUUUUUUGUGUUUUUAAAAGUCGUUCAGGCGUGGGGAUACCUAGAUAUUGACUUUGAUUUUUUUUAAAUCCGUUUCUGCUCCUUCAUGCCCAUCCCCCAACCUGCAGCAGCAGAUGACGCUGUGCCUGUCCAGGUCUGCCCCUCUGCUCCUCCCAGGAGGCCCUGCAUAUUUGAUUUUGGUUUUAACUUUGACCACACUGUACAGCAACAUCCAAGAGCCCCUUCUGCAGUGGGUGGUUUUGGUCUUUUUAUACCUUUUUCUCAAAGACACUGAUGUUUGUCCCUGUUCAAUGUGUAGCAUUGUAAUAAGAGCCCAUCAAAUCCAGAGUGUCCAUUUGUUGUCCCUCUUGUAGAUGAAAUAUUGACGUAGGAAAACUAGUGAAUUCUGAAUGCUUUUCCAUGUAGACUUAUCUGGAAUGUGAACACAACUCUUUGGUUACGAGUAAAUGCUUAACUGUAGUCCUGAGUAGGUGCAUUUCUGUCUGUCUCAAUAAAUUUUACUUUGUCUGCAA